ACCACCAUUACCUUUUUAUAAUCCGUGAACUGAGUCUAUUCAGUUUUCCUGUUGUAUUUUUCUGUCAACAUCCGGUCCCAUCCAGGCCAGGCCCUCAACAAGACCCUAACAUCAAACAAACAAACGCACACACGCACAAGCCCCCGCUAUAAAAGACCGAGACAGCCAUCAGGCUGGUGGAGUCAUGACGGAGAGCGUCGGGGCUCUGGAGCGCCUGAGAAGCUAUUGCUUCCCCUGUACACCACAGUGUCAGUCCGGGCUCCCAUCCUGCUGCACUCGGGAUAAAGUCAUGACUGCUUUCAAGGGUAUCUGGACUCAGGAGUUCUGGCGCUGCGUGGGCGCCGAGUUCUUCGCCAUGCUGCUCUUCGUCAUGCUCGGCCUUGGCUCAACCAUCAACUGGGGGGCUGUUGAGAAGAACCCACACCCCCCUGACCUGGUGCUCAUCUCGCUCUGCUUCGGCCUGAGCAUCGCAACCAUGGUGCAGUGCUUCGGCCACAUCAGUGGUGCUCACAUCAACCCAGCGGUCACAGUAGCCAUGGUGGUGACCAGGAAGCUAAGUCUCGCUAAAGCCGUCUUCUACCUGGUGGCCCAGUGUGUCGGAGCCAUAGUGGGGGCCGCCAUUCUGCUCGGGGUCACCCCAGCCUCUGUUAGGGGCGGUAUGGGGGUCACCACGGUGAACACAAGCAUCUCUGUGGGAAGCGGGCUGGUUGUAGAACUCCUCAUCACCUUUCAGCUGGUCUUCACGGUGUUCGCUACCUGUGACCACAAACGUAGUGACCUGAAGGGUUCAUCUGCUCUGGCUAUCGGCCUGUCAGUGUGUGUUGGUCACCUGUUUGCUAUUCCUUACACUGGAGCCAGUAUGAACCCCGCCCGAUCCUUUGGUCCAGCAGUGGUCACAUGGUCCUGGGAAAACCACUGGGUGUACUGGGUGGGUCCAUCUCUUGGUGGGGUCCUUGCUGCACCCCUUUAUGAAUAUCUAUUCUGUCCGGACCCGGAGGAGAAGAGACAUUACACAGAGGCUUUCAUCAAAACGCCCUUUGCUGCGACCAUCAACCGACACGACUCCGUCACAGCCCAGGAGCCUCUCUUCACCGUCAUGGACGUGGAGAGAGCUGAGAUGAAGGAGAGGGAGGUAUCGGGGGAUGUCUUGUCUUCUGUAUAACUAGAAAGGCGAUCAAGUGAAAGGCUGCAGGUCUUUUGUCAGUAAAAUGGAAGAAAAAGAAAAGUGGCAUUGCUAAAAGAGUGUUUGUGCACAUGCAAAAUGUAUUUUUGGAAAACGGAAAUAUAUACAAAUUGUUGCUUCACCUACAGUAUAUUUAUUAUUGACUGUGGGAUCUUUCCUGCAGUGAAAACUGCAUCUUAAAUUUAAUGUGUGAGAAGAGCAGGUGUAAAAUGUGCAGCAGUGUUUGAAGAGACGCACACAGAGGAAAACAGAUUACAGAAAGAGAGAAACAGUAAUGAGAUCCCCGUCCUCAGUCACAAAAUAAAAAGACUUUAGAGACAGCAGUAAAGAAUAUAUGGACUAAUUAAAAGACACAUUAUAAGGGUACUUUAGAGCUCGGCAACAAGAGGAGCAGCCUGUUUCUUUUACUACAUGAGUUUCUUUCAGUGACUUCCUGCUUGAAUAUGGAUUUUUCCUGACUUUUAAAGACUCACGGCAGGCACAGUUUAGUGUUUUAGGCAGCCAGCGAUCCUCGUUAAGUACAACAUCACAUUUUCAUAACUCCAAGAGGCCUCGAGAACAUUGAUCCUUUUACUGCACUGACAAUAUUUUCUGACAUGUAGUCACUACUGCAGCCCAGACAGUGAAUGUCUUCUCUUCAACAUGAAUCAAAAAAGGUAUGUGAAGUGGAGGAGGAGGACAGGAUCUCUAACACUGAUCUGGUUUUGGCCAACAAAAAAAAAGACAGAGGGCGUCGUCUCUCAUUUUCAUCUUCAAUUCUACACUAACUGAUUCUUACAGCAGCAGCAUUUACUUUUAAAGACUUAAAUCCUAUCCUCAAUGGAUUUGGAGUGGGUGGACGGGGUCCGUUGGCUCAGCAACAUGUUGCUGCACUCCGUUCACCCUGGACUAGACCCAGCGACAGCAGACAGCAGAAGCUGCAGAGCUGCUAAAGAUUCUGUGAAAUAGACUUUGCAGUCAGCUGAAGGAUUUCAACUUCAUCGAUCCGUUUCCUAUUUCUUCUUUACAAAUUCUCUUCUCUGUGCGCGAGCACGAGGCGAUAACGUCAUGUAGAGGAGUUUAUUUCACGCGAUGAUGAAUGAGGCUUCACAUUUAUCUCAGUUGUAUGACUGAUGUGUGUAAACAAACAGCUUCUAAUCUGUAUUUUUAUGAUCUUUACAGCUGAAAUCAAGAUUGAGAUUGUUACAUUAUCUUGUACUAACCCUAACCCUGAGCAGUCUAAAGCCUGAGUUGUAUCUAGUCAUUGUUUUACUGAGUCAGUUUUAAUUGAAUAUAAGUAUGUAGAGAUGAUGAUAUGGGCUGUUUUCCCUAAUGUGUUGAGUCUACUGUUGUUUGAUGGAUUUCUGAGUAAACCGACUGAUUUUGAUGAACUGUCUUUUGCUGGUCACAGUUCUUAUAAAUCUUUGUAUACACUAAAACUACACCAUUGUUUAGUAGACUUUGAGUUUUCUUUGACAUUUAAUAAAGAUGAUGUAAAAAUGA